AGUGCGCAUGCGCGGCUGAGAGUGCAUCUUGUCUGCAGCCAGACCCUAUUGCCUAUUGGUUUUUUCUGUAAUUAGAGUGAAGUUCACAGAGGAUAUUUGACCCGUCAAAAUUUGAGAUUUACCGUUUGAGUCGAGCACGUACACUUCAGCAUGUUUGCACUGAAGAUACUUAGGAGUUUUUCUCCUGCGACGAAAAAUGUUUAUUUGCGGAGUAAACAGGCGUUUACUGUGACUAUGUCUAGAAUGCAGCAUGCAGAGAUCCAGCAUGGUAAAACAGCAGCUCCUUUUCGACCUGAAACAUCCAUGGCCAAAACGCUGAUGGACAUCGGCACCAGACGGAUCUUCUCAGAGGAACACGACCUGUUCCGUCAGAAUGUGCGGCGGUUCUUUCAAGAGGAAGUUGUUCCAUAUCACACUCAGUGGGAGAAGGCUGGUGAGGUCAGCAGAGAGGUUUGGGAAAAGGCUGGAGAACACGGAUUGCUGGGAAUAGUUACGCCUGAGGAGCAUGGAGGAAUCGGAGGAGACCUCCUAUCCGCUGCUAUCGUGUUGGAGGAGCAAAUGUACUGUAACUGCAGUGGUCCUGGGUUCUCUCUCCACUCUGAGAUUGUAAUGCCUUAUAUCAGUCACUAUGGCUCCAAGGCUCAGAUCGAGCGCUAUAUUCCACAGUUGACUGCUGGGAAAUGCAUCGGGGCCAUCGCUAUGACGGAACCUGCAGCCGGCAGUGACCUUCAAGGAGUGAAGACGUAUGCGAAAAAAGAUGGAACUGACUGGAUUCUCAAUGGAAGCAAGGUGUUCAUCUCAAACGGUUGGAUGAGUGAUGUAGUGAUUGUAGUAGCCGUGACUAACCGUGAAGCGAAGACAGCAGCUCAUGGACUCAGUCUGUUUCUGGUUGAUGCCGGCACUAAGGGCUUCCAAAAGGGCCGAAAGCUGGAGAAACUCGGACUUAAAGCUCAGGAUACAGCUGAGCUGUUUUUUGAGGACGUGCGUUUGCCCGCUGAAGCUUUGUUGGGUCAGGUCAAUAAAGGAUUUUAUUAUCUGAUGAACGAGCUGCCACAGGAACGCCUUGUUGUAGCAGUCAUGGGCCUGGCCAGCAGUGAGUUCAUGUUUGAAGAGGCAAGGAACUAUGUGAUGCAGCGGAAGGCAUUUGGCAGGACCAUCGCUGACCUGCAGGUGGUUCAGCACAAACUGGCUGAGUUGAAGACAGACAUCUGUGUAGGUCGAGCUUUCGUUGAUAGCUGCCUUCAGCUCCACAGUGAGAAGAAAAUGGACUCAAACACAGCAUCUAUGGCCAAAUACUGGGCUUCAGAUUUGCAGAAUAAAGUUGCCACUCAGUGCCUGCAGCUUCAUGGAGGAUGGGGCUACAUGUGGGAGUAUCCGAUAGCCAAGGCUUUUGCAGACUCCAGAGUCCAACCCAUCUAUGGAGGAACCAACGAGAUCAUGAAAGAACUCAUCGCACGCAACAUUGUUAGCAAAAAAUAAAUAUAGGAAAAAUGAGAUGAGAUGAGAGUUUGAUUUGGUGCCUUUCAUGACUUCUGUGUCUGUAGCAGGAGCUUCAUGGAUUAUUGAUUAUAAAUAGGAUCUCAGAUGAGUGAUUCAACGCAUAGUAAAUGUUAAUGUCAUGUGACAGAAUGUUGAUAUCAUAUGGUGUCUCCGGAGAGAAUGUCUCUUCUGUUUGUGACUCCAUGUUCUAUGUAUGGAUAUAUUUUAAGCAAUAUUUGUCUUCCAGAUGAACAAUUUGCACCACUUUAGAACUUAAAACCACUUUUACUGUUCUUAAGUUCAGAUAUUUUUUUCAAGUGAUUUUGAUUGUUUGAUAUGUGAAUGCCAACUCUUUGUGUACUAAUCUUUAUAAAGAUGUUUCUAAAGAUG